UAUUUAUCAAGACCGUUAAAUUUUCACACGUGUUUGAUUGAGGAACGUUUGUUGCAAAAGAGUGGACUUGUUUACCUUCCUCCAUGUUUUUGUUUUUACUAACUAUUGUCAUCUAAUAAUUAAUUCUUCUUGCACACGACAGCCCAGUGCUAGGUAGGUCAGCAUCCAAGACCGGCACAGUUCUUUUGAUAAAAUAUAAGUUCUCUUGAGCGAUUGCCCUAGAAACAAUCUCAUCUGACCAUGGAUCCUGACGGUGACUCCGACAGUUGCUUUGAAGAGGCAGAUGAACAAGACAUGGCAGAGGUCGUUGACCUGAACGAGAUGGAGGGAGGAGAAUACAUCAUUGAUGACUUGGCAGAGGAGAUGGGAUCGGAAGCAGAUAAUGAAGAAGAAGAAGAAGAAGAUCUUGGGAUGGAUGAACCAACCAUUGAAGACGAUGCGGACUUCUGCUAUGAGAAACACACAGGUUCUGUCUUUUGCUGUGAUCUUGAACCAACCAAGGCAUCUCUCGCUGUUACUGGAAGUGAGGAUGACAAAGCGUAUGUCUGGAAGGUGGGAGACGGGGAACCAGUGUUGGAGUGCUCAGGACACAAGGACUCAGUAACAUGUGUUGGAUUCAGUCACGAUGGAGCUUUGGUAGUAACUGGUGAUAUGAGUGGUCUCAUCAAGGUUUGGAGUAUAGAAACACAAGAAGAGGUCUGGUCAUUUGAGUGCUCGGACUUAGAGUGGCUGACAUGGCACCACAGCUCCCACGUUCUUCUUGGAGGUACGGCAGAGGGACAGGUGUGGAUGUGGAAGGUACCAAGUGGGGAGUGUAAGACGAUGCAGGGACAUGGAUGCCAAACAACCUGUGGCAAAGUUCUUCCAGACGGAAAGAGAUGCUGCGCUGGAUAUGAUGAUGGAACCGUCAAAAUAUGGGACUUGAAGGAUUCAACAUCGCUUAACACAUUCAAAGGCAACACUGGGCACAGUGAUGGUGUAACGGCGUUGGAUUGCCAUAGCAACAACGUCGUGGUUCUAACUGGCUCUGUUGAUGGCACAGCAAAGAUUUUAAACAGCAACAAUGCAAAGGUGUUGGCUACUUUUUCAGCCGGGGCGAUCAAGGAAAACAUCGGGGACAGCAACUCAGUGGAAUCUGUUGGUUUGUGUCAAAGUCAAUCUCUAGCUGCCGUAGGGUCACUUAAUGGUUCACUUGGAUUAUGGGACGUACCUACACAGAAGAUCAGACAUCAAUGCCAGCAUGAGGCCGGUGUAGUGCGAGUAAGAUGGGACCCGGCCGGAUCACCAACGAUCUUCACAGCAGCCUUGGAUGGUAGAGUCUUAUUAUGGGAUGCACGAUCUGGAGAAGCUGAGGCUUCUUGGUCUGGACACAAAGGAGAAAUCUUAGAUAUGACAAUAAGCAACGAUGGGAACACAAUCCUGACAGCGUCUGGCGAUACUUCAUCAAGAGUCUACUCACUCCAACGUCCAGAGAGGUAGAACGCAUCCAGUAAAAGCGUGUAUCGUUUAUUACAUAAUACUGUACUACAUUUUAGACAAGGAGUUACGACAUCCAGGAGGUAGAACACAUCCAGUUAAAGCCUAAUGACAUGUUAAUGUGUCCUACUUGAUGGCAGGUUUCUGAAAUGGAACUAUAUUUCCCUCUGAUGAAAUUUAGCUUUUCAUGAAACUAGGUAGCAGCAGACUUAACCGGCAUGUCCACUGACACAUACCAUUCAAAAUUCCUUCAAGAGCACCGGACUCGAGCUCUGGUGUUUCUUAUCAGCAGAGUGUGGGUUCAAGAAAAUACUGAAUGUUGAAGCGUCCUCCUGAGCUUUACUGAGUGACGGGUGUAAGUGCUUAUAUAAAAAGCUACUUUUAUCAUUCUUAUCAGGUACUGAUAAAAUAAGGGGAAAAUUAAAAUUUCAUUUAAUGUAAUUUUCAAUCAAACUGAACUGAUUGCUGUUGUUUCCUUCAAAUAGACUGCCAGUCAAAAUGACGUGUUCCUUUUUAUAAUACAGAUAUUUUGUCAAACACUCUAUGAUAUUUUAUUGGAGUAGAUUGCGCAAGUCGUUUUGUCAAAGGAUUUAGUUCUGUCUUGUGGCGAGAAGAUUAAAACACAAUGAACAACAGACCUUGAGCUAAGACUAUCAAGGUAUGCAUCAAUUUGAUUAUGUUUUGCUGUCCCCACUUUUUUUAAAUUGUAAAAUAUCCCCUUGAUCUAUUUCUAAGCUUAUUUUGUGUUGACACAACUUAACCUGCCUACUAAAGGUGGGCCAAGGCAUUGUAAUGAAUGGAUUUUAUUGAACUGUGUGGAAAUAAGGACAAAUUUAUUGGUUCAUUGUUUCCUUGUGGUGACUUCAUCAGGAGUCAAAUUAAAUUCAUUCAAAGUGUAUUUUUUGAAAAAUCUAUACAUUGUAUUCCAUAAGCUAUUUUUGUCAAUCUAUAAGUCAGAAUGACAUGUCUUUAUAAAACUAAACGAUUGGGGAAACAAGGUGGCAGUCGACAACCGUUUAAAACUUCCCAUUUUAUUUGUUAAAAUUCACUUUAAUUCAUUGUAUUAUAAACGUCAUGUGAACAAUAUUAAAGGUGCUCUCUCAUGUGCAUUGAUAAGAUAUACAUUAUAUUAAGUUUUGCAAUUAUGACAGUCACUAAUUUUACAAUUGAACCAAAAUAGCAUGGUAUUAAUUUGAUGACUUCAAAAGAGUUUGAAAAGAACUUUUCCCAACCAUUUGCUUUUUCUUUCACUUAAGAUCUUGUCCUUCAACGAUUCAGUUACUUAAAUAAU